AUGGGUGGUGAUCAAAGUGAAGGUCAGGGUUCUAAGGCCAAUGAGGUUCAGAAAGUUGAGGUCUCUGUUAAGAGCUCAGAAGGAACAAUCAAGGUUCCUCGUGAAGAUGACAUAGAGGCCUAUGCCAAGUGGGAAGAUGAUGAUGGGUAUGAACUAAACAUAUUUCAUAGGCGAUAUAGAAUGCAACCUUGGGUUUUUGACAGGAUGAUGCGCGACGUGGCCAACUAUGACCCAUAUUUUGUUCAAACAAGAGAUGCUUGUGGGAGACUCAGCUUAUCCACUGAACAAAAGCUAACAUGCGCCAUGAGAAUGCUCGCGUAUGGCAUCAUAGCUGAUUUUUGCGAUGAUUACCUAGAUAUUGCGAAGACCACUGCCAUUGAGAUUUUUGAGCACUUCACAAAAGCAAUCUGGAAUGUGUACCAUGAGACUUACCUUCGCCGACCAACACCGGCAGAUUUGCGACGGCUGCUUGAUAAAGCUGCAGAACAGGGAUUCCCGAGGAUGGUCGGUAGCCUUGAUUGUAUGCAUUGGCAAUGGAAAAAUUGUCUCACCGGAUGGGCAGGGUAG